CCUUUCAAAUGUCCUCAACCUGUCAGUUUUUAGUUACAAAAACAAAGUGUGGGUGUAAAAAGUAAAAUCCAGUGAAUGCAGUAAAAUAUCCAUUAUUUCCAGAAAUAAUGUCGACUGUGGAUGCAAAUCUAGCUCUAGGAGCAUCUGAGGACUUUCUGAAUAAAGCCAUUCGAAUUGGACUCUAUUUAAGUGCCACAUUUCAGGUGAUUUGUCUCACGACUAUAAUCUUCUUGCCCACUUCUUUUAUGAAGUGCUUCAACAAUUGGGACUCAAAGAGCAAAAAGAUUGAUGAUAGUGAUGACACGAGCUCGGAACAUUCAACACCUCAAAAUGAUCCAAAACAGCGACAUCAUCAAAGGCGGAAGCAGGAGAAGAAAAAGCGCAAAUAAUUUUCCUAUUACUUUCAGUUCUGUGAUUUUUUUUUAAAUUGCUUUUAUUUGAUACUUUUUCUCUUUGCUUUCUGUCCUUUUUUUAUGUUGUUCUCCAAGGAGCACAAAAGGCACAUUUGUGAUGUUGAGAGUUUUAUUUAAUGAGAAAACACACGCCAGGUUAAAAUGUAACAAGUAUUUAACAAGAUUUCAGGAUAAAUAAAAUUAUUCUCAAAGAAAAA